UUGGGUAAUUAUUGGCUUCAUGCAUGCGCGGGUUGAUGUUCCUGUGGGCGUUAAUUGGGAGCAAUUGUUGUAUAUAAAGAACGAGGAUAAUUUAGGGUUUGUUAUAUUCCUUCCAUAUGGGUAUUGGAGCUUCCACUCCCAAGACUGCUUCUGGCGAUUUGAAGAAUGAAAUUGCUGGAACUACUGGUUUAGAACCUGCUAAACAAAGGGGUUUUGGCAAAGCUGGACAGACGACAGCCAGCAAAGAAAAUAAGGUUGAAUUUGUGAGGGAAACUGAAGAAAUGUCAAAGGCUUUUGUUGCCGUUGAUGGAGUCAGAAAAACAGUUGACAAGCUUUCUGAAAGAGUGGCUGCAUUAGAAGUGGCUGUGAACAGCGGGACAAAGGUUUCCGAUGAGGAAUUCGAUGUAUCGGCGGAGUUACUCAUGAGAGAGCUGCUGAAACUUGAUGGGAUUGAGGCCGAAGGAGAAGCUAAGUUACAAAGGAAAGCUGAGGUGCUUCGUGUCCAAAACUUCCAUGAGACACUGGACAAAUUGAAGACAAGAAAUUCCAAACUUUCUUAGCAAUAUUGGCAAAGCUCUGUCAUAGACAAUAAAAUGGGUGAUAUUCAACCAUGUACUGAGAAGCUCGACUGUACCUCAACUAUGUCAUCUCUGACAAAUCCGAAGCAGGAUUGGAAACAUUAUGUUAGUUAUUUUUUUGUAUUCUUUAUCGUAUAAAAUUUAUCUGUGGAAUCUAACACGUAUCACUCCCUUUUUAUGAUUUAUCAGUGCCUCUGUUAAUGAAUUGUUCCAUUAUUUGAGAUGUGAACUUGACUUGUUAUGUAUGAUGUACUUCUAU